AUGACGUCAUCGCCCCCCCGAGAAGUGCGUCUGCCUUUCGUGGAGCAGGAUUGUACUUUCUUUACAAGAAAAGAAAUUCUAAGGCUAUUUUACAGAUACCAAGAUCUAGCUCCUCAACUGGUCCCCCUGGAUUACACCAACAAACCAGACGUGAAGCUCCCGUAUGAACUUAUCAGGAGCAUGCCAGAGCUGAAGGAUAACCCAUUCCGGCAGAGGAUAGCCGAGGUCUUCUCUGAAGAUGGAGAUGGCAGCAUGACCUUGAAUGACUUUCUGGAUAUGUUCUCGGUGAUGAGUGAAAUGGCUCCCAGGGAUCUCAAGGCUUAUUAUGCCUUUAAAAUUUAUGAUUUUAACAACGAUGAUUACAUCUGCAAAUCCGAUCUGGAGAAAACAGUGAACAAACUAACCCGGAAUGAACUGACUCCCGAGGAGGUUUGUCUUGUGUGUGAAAAGGUGAUUGAUGAAGCGGACGUAGAUAAUGAUGGCAAACUCUCUUUGGAAGACUUUCGGCAGAUGAUUGUGCGAGCCCCUGACUUCCUUAGUACCUUUCACAUCCGAAUCUGAAUUCUGAACAAAAGGCGGAGAGACGGGACCGUCGUUCAGAGCCCGCAAUCUGUGAUGCAUCACUGAGUUUUGCUUCUGAAACUACUCUUAAACGCAGGGGCCGGGACCUGAAACCAAGAAGAGCAGAGCCAGACUUUUUUCAGACAGUAGGUGGAGCUCCCAGAAACCUCAGUUGAGUAAGGAGAUCAUCCGGAUCAAGCGCUUAGUACAGUGCUCUGCACAUAGUAAGUGUUCAAUAAAUACGAUUGAUGAUCCGGA